CUGUAGAUAAGCGGAGAGCCCUGGACAGGAAAUCCGCUUAACUUCGGCAGUGUAACUCAUCUGAAGCUUAGGAACUCUUUUAGAGAGAAGCCCCAACGGAAUGACACGGUCUGGUUCCAACAUGGGGGACACAGUGGAGAAAAGUUCUGAAGACCCUCUGGUCUCUUUGGACAAUGAGUACUCCAGGAAGAUGGGGGACCUAGUGGAAAUCUCAAGUGGGGACAAGGUUAAGUUUGAUGACACUGGGCUUUCUAUGGUGCUUCAAAAUGGCCUGGAGAACCUGAGGCUGGAAAACUCUCUCACGGAUGUCAUCUUGUGUGUGGACCACAUGGAAUUCUCUUGCCACCGUGUGGUCCUGGCGGCAGCAAGCAAUUAUUUCAGCUCUUGUUUCAGGGCCAUGUUCUGCAAUGACUUAAAAGAAAAAUAUGAAGAAAAAAUCAUAAUUCAAGGAGUGGAUGCGGAAACCAUGCAGAUGCUGUUGGACUACACUUACACCAGCCAGGUGCUGAUCACAAAGCAAAAUGUACAGAAAGUCUUAGAAGCCGCCAGCCUUUUCCAGUUUCUGCGGAUGGUGGAUGCCUGUGCCAGUUUCCUCACCGAAGCCCUCCAGCCGGAAAACUGUGUUGGGAUUCUGAGGCUGGCCGACACUCAUUCUCUGGAGAAUCUGAAGCAGCAAGUCCAGAGCUACAUUAUUCAGAACUUUGCUCAAGCACUGAACUACGAGGAAUUCCUGGAGAUCCCCAUUGACGUUCUCUGCAACACACUGAAGAGUGAUGACCUCUACGUCACGGAGGAGGCGCAGGUCUUUGAGAUUGUCAUGAACUGGGUUCGAUACAAGGAGUCUGAACGGUUUCCUCGCCUACCCUAUGUUCUUGAGAAUGUCCGGCUGCCCCUUUUGGACCCUUGGUAUUUUGUAGAGACAGUAGAAGCUGAUCAACUCAUUCGACAGUGUCCUGAUGUCUUCCCUCUGCUUCAAGAAGCAAGAAUGUAUCAUCUGUCAGGCAAUGAGAUUAUUUCAGAAAGAACAAAGCCCCGGAUGCACGAGUUCCAGUCUGAGGUGUUUAUGAUCAUUGGUGGUUGCACAAAAGAUGAAAAAUUUGUCGCAGAAGUGACGUGCCUGGAUCCUUUGAGACGGAGUCGUUUGGAGGUGGCAAAAUUACCAAUCACAGAACAGGAAACAGAGAGCGAGAAUAAAAAAUGGGUGGAAUUUGCAUGUAUUACAUUAAAAAAUGAAGUCUACAUAUCAGGUGGGAAAGAAACACAACAUGAUGUCUGGAAAUACAAUUCCUCCAUCAACAAAUGGAUCCAAAUUGAAUAUUUAAACAUCGGGCGAUGGAGACACAAAAUGGCUGUGCUGGGUGGCAAAGUGUAUGUGGUUGGAGGUUUUGAUGGCGCACAGAGAAUCAACAGCGUAGAAACAUACGAUCCCUUUCAUAACUGCUGGUCAGAGGCAGCUCCCCUCAUGGUCAACGUGAGCUCCUUUGCCACUGCCAGCUACAAGAAGAAGCUCUAUGUGAUUGGGGGAGGCCCCAAUGGAAAACUGGCUACGGACAAAACACAGUGUUACGACCCAGCUGUGAACACCUGGAGCUUGAAAUCACCUAUGCCAGUGGAAGCAAAAUGCAUCAAUGCUGCAAGUUUCCGGGACCACAUCUAUGUUGUGGGAGGAGCAAUGAAAGCCCUGUACUCGUACAGCCCCCUACAAGACACAUGGUGCCUCGUGACUCAGUUCACUCAUGAGAGAGCAAGUUGCGGGAUUUCCCCUUGCAACAACAAAUUGUUCAUCACAGGGGGCCGGGAUGAAAAGAAUGAAGUCAUUGCCACGGUGCUGUGCUGGGACCCUGCAAUCCAGAAGUUAACAGAGGAGUGUGUUUUACCGCGUGGGGUGUCCCAUCAUGGCAGCGUCACCCUCCGGAAAUCCUAUACACACAUCCGCAGGAUAGUGCCUGGAGCGGUUUCUGUCUGACUUAGGGAGAGACGAGAGUGCCACAGGUGACAUCCAAAUACCUCAGUCCCCUACGGGGACGCUAGCCAAGUAGACUGCAUUGAAAGGAUAAUUUGUUGGAACCACUGCUACUUUUACAAAUAUGUGCUUGGCCUCUUUGAAAACAGGAAAUCUCAUUCCUCUGUACAGAACAUACUUUAAAUUAUCUUCCCCACCUCAAAUAUGAUGGGCCCAUCUCGAAUUUACUCCUGAUGCACAGAAAUUCCAGUCAUACAAGGAAACGUGAUGAACUGGGGUCGAUCUGCCUCUAAUCCUACCGCAGAUAGGAUAGUCAUGCCAAACGUCAGCCCACCCCUGCCAGAUGUUGCGAUAUUAUUUAUUACUAUUCACCUCAGACUACUGGCCUUGCAGCAUCACCCAGAGAAAAGGAGAAGUGGCAUAUGGAAUGGCAGGCUUGCAUCACUAGCAAAACUCACGUGACACCCUCAAAAGUCACACUUCUUUUCGACAAUGGCAUGUUACAUGCAGCCAAAGGAUGACAUUUUAAAAAAAGGAAAUCCUCCUUGCAUUUCCCAUCACCAAAAAAGUCCACCCCAGCUAAUGUCCCUGGCUGACAGUCCCUGCAGAGAUACCAAAGAGAGAAUAAACAGAGCCUAAAUCUCUCACCCCUACAUACGGACAAACCCUAAUUUAUCCCAUUGUAAGUUUAGCAUAAUUAUUUUCCAAUAAACCCCACCACAAUGUUUGGGCUCUGGAUUUGUUUUCUCUUUUAGCUAAAAAAAAUCCUAACAAAGUUAGAAAGUACCAAAAAACCCCAAAACACCUUGGAAUGACAAUUAACAACCAAACCUAGCAAGGGUAACGGUAACAACAAUGAUCCUGUUAGACAGAAGGGCACAGGCCGGGG